CACUGUUUCGUACUUCGUAAGUUGCACGUACAUACAUUAGGUUCUCCAACAUUAGGAAAAGAUACGACCAGUUAGCGCUCGCGAAUAUUAUUUUGAUAAAUAUCCCGGCGGUCGCGCUUUUAUCUAAAUUUAUGCAAACGUAUCGACACUUGCAGAUUUAUUGUUUGUAGUUUAAAUGCCUUAAUUUUACGACCUUUCGUGGAUAUAGUAACUAUAGUGAAUAUAGUAGAUUAGAGAUACUUCCAGAUAAAUGUUUUAGAUUGUUAGCAAUGUGCAUGUGAUCGCGGAAAUACUUGUGUCCAAAAAAACCAAAACAAAAGAGAAAAAAUAAAGAAGUGCAUUUGGACCAAGCAGAAGUGAAUCCCCCAAAUUAAAACAGUCUCAUGUGUAAAAAAAGUGUUACUUAUGAUAGAGGGAACACAUUUUGCGAAAUAAACCAAUAAACUGUGGUGGUGAAAAAUUAUCUACCAAGAGAAGAAAACGUUUUUUUACAUUUCCUCAUUCCUUGAGAUAACCAAAAUCAAAAGAUGAGGGUAAACGGUGGAAAAGAUUCUCCUCUACCUAAUGAGAAGACUGAAACAAUCCCAGAUUCAUCGUCAGAUGCCGGCAGCACGAUUUAUUCAUCUUCCCUAGUAGACAGUGAGGAAUCUGACGAAGAUGACGGUCAAAUCACUUCAAUUCAAGUCGGCAGUAACGAUGUUAAAAAUAAAAUCGUCACAAGCUCACAAAAUUCCGAAAUUGUGAACAAAAUUGAUAUUCUCCAGCAUGUCUUUAACGCAUCAAACAGCGGCCAAACAUUAGGAAAUGUGUUUAUAGAAAAAUCAAAUGGAGUACAUAUUGGCAAUAUUACAUACGUUACCGGCCCAAUUCACAUAACACAAGCUGCCGGCAGCACCUCUGAAGAACUAAAACCAAACUCGGAUACAAAGUCAACCCGCAAGGCACGGUCAAAGGGCGAACCAAAAAACAUGAACAAGAAGUUGGAAACAGCAACGAAUUCACUUGGCCAUAUGAAUAUUAAUAGCAAGAAUGACGAUAGCGAGGAAGAGGUUGAACGUGAAGAAGUUAACUGUAGUGACGCUUUUAUAGGAAAUAUAAAUAGAGCUAUCGAUGGCAACGUACUGAAGAUAGUGAACCGCGUCACAUGGUUAGCGCAGCGACCCCUAGAACCAUAUGAAUACAUCGAUGGUCCUGCACCGUAUGUUGUAAUUUCGCAUACUGGUUCAGAAGAAGCAAGCACACAGGCUGAAAACGUUUAUCUUGUUCGUAACAUCCAGUGCUUUCACGUUGAGUCCCGACGGUGGAACGACAUUGCUUACAAUUUCCUUAUCGGAUGUGAUGGAAACGUCUACGAGGGAAGAGGUUGGAGAGUCGUUGGCGCACACACUUACGGUUACAAUAGAAAAAGUGUUGGAAUAUCUUUUAUCGGGUGUUUUAUGCGUGAUAAGCCGCCAGAAAUUAGCAUAAAAGCUUGUAAAUUACUCAUAAAAAGAGGUGUCGAGUUAGGAUAUAUCAAACCAGAUUAUAUUUUGCUUGGACAUUGUCAAUGUAGCCCGACGGAAAGCCCAGGACGCGUACUGUUUGAAGAGAUCCAAACCUGGUCACAUUUUUCCCUAAACCCGUGAAUGCAUAUUUUAUAAGAUCGAUCUUAGCGAAUAAAGCCAACUGUAUAGUUAAGAACAAACUACGUAAAGUAAAGAAAACACAACGUUUAAAAUUGUUUGUGUCAUAUUUGUCCACUCUGCAUAAUACUACACCAAAAGUUCAUAACAAUUUCAUCCUCAACAAUAAAUAUACAAAAUAUUCUAUCGACCUAACAUUUAAAAUAUCACAAUGUCUAUGUAUACAUAUCAGUAAUUACUACCGGCAAUAGCAACUGAUAUCUAUUCCACGCACACGUAAAAAUACUUGAACUCAAAUGAUGAGGUUUAUGCAAAUUUUUCGACGGAAAACGGGUCUUAAUUGAAAUGUUUGUCUUUUGUGGAACAUAUUUCAGUUGGUUGUUUUUCUUUUA